AUGGCCGGUGAAGGAGGAGCAUUGUCGUUUUCGGUGGCGUCGGUAGUGGAGGAUGUACUGCAACAACAUGGUAAUAGAUUCAAAGAUCUUGAUUUGGAGUCCAGGAAAGCAGAAGAAGCUGCGUCAAGAAGGUACGAAGCUGCGGGGUGGUUGAGAAAGAUGGUAGGAGUGGUAGCAGCUAAAGAUUUGCCAGCAGAGCCAUCUGAAGAAGAGUUUCGGCUUGGAUUGAGAAGUGGAAUCAUUCUCUGCAAUGUUCUCAAUAAGGUUCAACCUGGAGCUGUGCCUAAGGUUGUGGAGAGUCCUUGUGAUGCUGCUCUUAUACCCGAUGGAGCAGCAUUAUCUGCAUUCCAGUACUUUGAAAAUGUACGGAAUUUUCUCGUAGCUGUACAAGAGAUGGGGAUUCCUAAUUUUGAGGCAUCUGAUCUGGAACAAGGAGGAAAAUCUGCAAGGGUUGUGAACACUGUUUUGGCACUUAAAUCUUACAGUGAGUGGAAACAGACUGGUGGAAAUGGGAUUUGGAAAUUUGGUGGAAAUGUCAAACCUUCAGUGUCAGCAAAGUCUUUUGUAAGAAAGAAUUCGGAACCCUUUAUGAAUUCCUUAUCCAGGAACUUGUCAAUGAAUGAAAAAUCUUUCAACACUCUGUCCGGUGAUCUUGACUUCUCUAAUAAAAUGUCUGGGUCUGGUUCCUUGAGUAUGCUUGUUCGUUCUGUUUUGUUGGAUAAGAAGCCUGAAGAAGUUCCAAUGUUGGUGGAAUCAGUGCUCAGUAAGGUCGUGGAGGAAUUUGAGAAUCGCAUUGCAAGCCAAUAUGAUAUGGUAAAGGCAGCUUCUAAAGAAAUAGUCAUCCCUCAGGGCAACAAGUUUUUGCUGAAAUCUACUUGCGACAAAAGGACUGAAGACAAAAAUGUCAGAGUGAUAAAGAAAGAUGAAUAUUUUCACAAAAACCAAAUUGCAGAGGAGGAAUUAAAAAAUAAAACCCAGAAACAGAAAAUGAUCUUUGAUCAACAACAAGGAGAUAUUCAGGAAUUAAAAAAUACACUUCGUACAACAAAAGCUGGUAUGCAGUUUAUGCAAACGAAGUUUCAUGAGGAGUUUAACAGUCUUGGUAUGCACAUCCAUGGUCUAGCUCAUGCUGCUUCUGGCUACCAUAAGGUUCUCGAGGAAAAUCGCAAGCUAUACAAUCAGGUGCAGGACCUCAAGGGGAGCAUUCGGGUUUAUUGUCGAGUGAGACCAUUUUUGUCUGGACAAUCGAACUAUUUGAGCACUGUGGACAACAUAGAAGAUGGGAAUAUUACUAUUAGCACUGCAUCAAAACAUGGAAAAGGAUGCAAGUCCUUUAGCUUCAAUAAAGUCUUUGGACCAUGUGCUACCCAAGCGGAGGUCUUCUCUGAUAUGCAGCCAUUAAUCCGUUCUGUUCUUGAUGGCUACAAUGUUUGCAUAUUUGCAUAUGGUCAAACAGGAUCAGGAAAAACUUACACCAUGUCAGGGCCCAGAGAUCUCAGUGAGAAAAGCCAAGGUGUAAAUUAUAGGGCAUUGGGUGAUUUAUUUCUUAUAGCUGAGCAAAGGAAAGACACCUUCAGCUACAACGUUGCCGUACAAAUGAUAGAGAUUUACAAUGAGCAAGUCAGGGAUCUCCUUGUUACUGAUGGAAAAAUUCGUAACAGUUCUCAGACAGGUCUGAAUGUACCAGAUGCAAACAUCAUUCCUGUAUCAUCAACAUUUGAUGUUAUUGAUCUGAUGAACCUUGGACAAAGGAACCGUGCAGUGGGUGCAACAGCCCUAAAUGAUCGUAGCAGCCGCUCGCAUAGUUGCUUGACUGUCCAUGUUCAAGGAAGAGACUUGACAUCCGGAACUAUUCUUCGUGGUUGUAUGCAUCUCGUUGAUUUGGCAGGGAGUGAGAGAGUAAACAAAUCUGAAGUGACAGGGGAUAGACUAAAAGAAGCACAACACAUUAACAAAUCCCUAUCAGCUUUGGGUGAUGUCAUUGCUUCUCUUGCCCAAAAGAAUCCACAUGUCCCUUACAGAAAUAGCAAACUUACACAACUGCUCCAAGACUCACUUGGAGGUCAAGCCAAGACUCUGAUGUUUAUUCACAUAAGCCCUGAGCCUGAUUCUCUAGGAGAAACAAUCAGUACACUGAAAUUUGCUGAGCGGGUAGCCACAGUGGAACUUGGUGCAGCUCACGUGAAUAAGGACAGUACGGAUGUUAAAGAACUCAAAGAACAGAUUGCCAGUCUAAAGGCAGCAUUAGCAAAAAAAGAGAGAGAACCAUUCAAUUCUAACCAUCGGCUCAGAGAUGCAAAUGAUAGCAAUCUUUUCCGGCAACCCAUGGGUGAUGUGGGCAACAUAGAGAUUAGGCUUAUUUUGGUUCCUAUAAAUUGUGAUGUGCUGCUUCCUCAGGUUCACAAGUCUACUAUGAGGCAGAAGAGACAAAGCUUUGAUCUUGAUGAGAUAUUGGCAAAUUCACCUCCAUGGCCUCCAGUCAUUAGCCCUAGUCAAAAUUAUGGCGAGGAUGAGAAGGAAAUGGGCUCGGGUGAGUGGGUAGAUAAAGUUAUGGUAAACAAACAAGAUGCUGUAAACAGAGUUGAAAAAUCUCUAGGAUGUUGGGAAGCAGAAAAUGGCAAUUUGCCGGACGCCUUUUACCAGAAGUAUCUGUCAGACUCUUCAAAAAUUUACCCAGAACAAUCGUAUAAUAUGUUUGUUAGUAACAACCAGUUCAACCUUGCUAAUAAUGACGACAUGGACGAUAUUGAUGCUGCCACCAGUGAUUCAUCAGAACCUGAUUUGCUAUGGCAAUUCAAUCAGUCCAAGUUUACCGGUUUAACAAAUGGGAUUGAGUCAAAAACUAGUAAAGCAAUUUCAAAAGCAGCAAAGAAUCCAGAGUUAAGCAAGAACUUAAAUCCCUCGCUAGGCCCUUCACCAUCACGAAAGUUAGCAAAUGGAGUUGGAGUCCCCCCGCAACGGAAUAGAAGGCAGGCUGCUCCGGUUGAUGGGAAACGCAAGACUCCAAAUAGGAAGUAG